CCUUUGAAAGUGCGCGCGCCCUAAACGCUACGGCGGUUACUGCGAGUGUUGGCCUGCGCUGUUCGAGCACUUCCCGGAGCAGCUGUCCAGACAGCUUUGAGACAGCUCGGCAGUUCUGACCUAGUACCACCCGGCGCGGAGCAACCUUUGAAAACGCGCGCGCCUAAACGCUGCGACGGUUACAGCGAGUGUCAGCGGGAGCUGUUCCUGCAUCUUCCGGCCUGGGUGCUCACACAGCUUUGAGCCAGCUCGUCACUUCACCUUUUUACUUGAUCAAGGGUGUGACUGUGGUAAGGGAAAGUGUGGCGGACUCGAGGGACCUAAAGUGAUUGCUACAAUGGAAGGAAUCAAUAAUUUCAAGACACCAAACAAAUUAUCUGAAAAAAGGAAAUCUGUAUUAUGUUCGACUCCAUGUGUAACUAUCCCUGCCUCUCCAUUUAUGCAGAAGCUUGGCUUUGGGACUGGGGUCAAUGUUUACCUAAUGAAAAGAUCCCCACGUGGGUUGUCUCAUUCUCCUUGGGCAGUGAAAAAGAUCAAUCCUUUAUGUAAUGAUCACUACCGAACUGUAUAUCAGAAAAGACUGACUGAUGAGGCUAAGAUUUUAAAAAACCUUAAUCAUCCAAACAUCAUAGGGUACCGUGCCUUUACUGAAGCCAGUGAUGGCAGUCUGUGCCUUGCUAUGGAGUAUGGAGGUGAAAAGUCUCUGAAUGACUUAAUAGAAGAGCGAAACAAAGACAGUGGAAGUCCUUUUCCAGCAGCUGUAAUUCUCAAAGUUGCUCUGCACAUGGCAAGAGGGCUAAAGUAUCUGCAUCAAGAAAAGAAGCUGCUUCAUGGAGACAUAAAGUCUUCAAAUGUUGUAAUUAAAGGUGAUUUUGAAACAAUUAAAAUCUGUGAUGUAGGAGUCUCUCUGCCAUUGGAUGAAAAUAUGACUGUGACUGAUCCUGAGGCCUGUUAUAUUGGCACGGAGCCCUGGAAACCCAAGGAAGCCUUGGAUGAAAAUGGCAUUAUUACUGACAAGGCAGAUAUGUUUGCUUUUGGUCUUACUCUGUGGGAAAUGAUGACUUUAUGUAUUCCACACAUCAAUCUUCCAGAGGAUGAUGAUGAUGAAGAUGCAACCUUUGAUGAGAGUGACUUUGAUGAUGAAGCAUACUAUGCAGCUCUGGGGACCAGACCAUCCAUCAACAUGGAAGAACUUGAUGAAUCAUACCAGAAGGUCAUUGAACUUUUCUCCGUGUGUACUAAUGAGGAUCCUAAAGAUCGUCCUUCUGCUGCACACAUCGUUGAAGCUUUGGAACUAGAUGUCCAAUGAUGCUUUUUGUGGCGGUCUAAGCAGGAAGCAUAGCUUGUAUGUGAACUGUUAACUCAGACACACUUAGUUACUAUGACCUGCAGAGUGUCUAAACUCUGGAAGUGGCUAAUUUUAGGAUCACCAUAUAGUUAAUAUUUGCAUAAUUUUCUGACAUGUUAUUUCUUAUAAGCAUUUAUUGUACUGGAUAGUCUGUGAAGUUAAAAAAAAAAAAACAAAAAACAAACAAAAAAACCUAACUCUCCAGAGUACCUAGAUGCUGCUCCUACUGAUUUAAAACACUAGUCACCCUGAGAUGACUUAGAAUCAGGGGAUCAUUGCUUUACUAAAGAUAUUUUUAGAUAUUCUCUUUAGUGAGUUGUUAAAAUUUCACUUUAUACUGUGCAGAGUUUAUCUACAUCUGCUCAUCAAAUGUCCAGCUUUAGCUGAUCUGUUGGCCCAUGUGCUUAUUAAAUAUCCCUGUAUCUUUAGAGCAGGGGAGAGUAGUUCCUAAGGUUUUCAGACCCUGGCUGCAGCUACUUUACAUCUCUUCACAUCUUAGUGUCUAACUUAUUGAAUAUAUUUUCAUGCUAAUGUAUUGUUUUUACUUUUAAAGUUGUGAUGUAAUAAAGGAUAGUUUUGGUACCUCAA